AUGGGCGUUCGGCACUCCCGCGCUCGGUGGGGUGGAUCCAAAGAUCCCAGCUCGACUAUCACAAAAUUCAAGCAUAUGCCAUCCAAGCUAAUUUACUUCGAGGAUACACCGAUCAUCCUAUCUCACGAUUCAAUCCUCAGGGAGGUCUGGAGAUCGACUGACGAAGGCAAAACCUGGAACUUGAUCUCAGCCGUACCCACCGGUGACGCUUGGUUGGUCGUCGAACAUACCUGGGAUAACCGGGUUGCAUUCAUCCUCAGUCGGGGCAGUAAACAUUGGAGGACGAUCAACAGGGGAGAUAGCUGGCAGAGCUUUACCACCUCCGAUCAACCGAGCAUCUCUGGAUCCCCCUUAGCCUUCCACUCCACCAAAUGGAAUUGGAUCCUCUUCAGCGGUCAGAAGUGCGAAAGUUUGGGAAGUUGGAAGGGCAAAUUAUGUUACGAUGAAACUUGGGUUACUUCCGAUGCAUUCGAAACGCAGCCCAAAAUGAUGAUCCAGCAUUCGACCAAAUGCAUGUGGGCGUAUUCAAACAAACACUUCUCGUCUUCCGUCCCAGAAGAGAUGAUUUACUGUAUAACCAAGGAGGCCCCUGGCGAUCAGUCUGAUUCGAAAAGCUUGAAAUCCACCUCGGCAUCAUUACUCGAUCGAUUGAAAGCAUUGGCCGGCCAAAUGGUUAACGAUCGUGAAUCCCGUCUAUACAGCAGCAAAGAUUUCUUUGUCAAAGACCGUCAGUAUGUCGAUCUCGGUCUCGGCAAAAACGGUCGGGGUGUCGUCGGAAUGGGUGCUGUACAGCGAUACAUCGUCGUAGCCUUGAAGCCUGGUAGCAUCUUUUCAGAGGCGAUCGACGGCCAAUCCAGUCCAGAUGAAAUGCUACUCUUUGUCACUAGUGACGGCUUGAAUUGGGCAAGAGCUAACUUCCCACACGGUCACGGUCUCAAAGAAAACGCGUACACGAUCGUCGAAUCAACACCCCAUUCAAUCAUGGUCGACGUUCUAACCAACCCAGCCGCCGGCGCAGGGACGAUGUUUACUUCUGAUUCAAAUGGAACUCAUUUCAUCAAAAGUCUAGAAAAUACCUCUCGUUCCUCAUCCGGUAUCGUAGAUUUCGAGAAAGUUGUUUCCAUCGAAGGCAUCUCCAUCGCAAAUACCGUUUUGAACGUCGACGAAGUCAAAGGCUCCAAAGAGCGCAAGAAAGUCCAAACUAAAAUCACCUUCGAUGAUGGAGGCCAUUGGUCCUUGGUCAAGGCCCCCGCCGUCGAUGCCCAUGGGAGCAAAUUUCACUGUGAUGUCUCAGAUAUUCAAUCAUGCGCUCUACAUCUCCAUUCCGUCACUCAACCGCACAAUUUUGGACGGGUAUUCUCGACGCCAUCCCCGGGGAUAUUGAUGGGGAUAGGAAAUGUCGGAGAACACUUGCUACCAUACGUGGAAGGCGAUACAUUCCUAAGCAUAGAUGGCGGCUUGAAUUGGAAAAUGGUUAAAGAGGGUGCAAGGAAAUACGAAAUCGGAGAUCAAGGUGGUCUACUGGUGAUGGUCGAUGACGAGGAAACCACGGAUGAGGUGGAUUAUAGCUUCAAUUUUGGGAAAACUUGGUCGACUUACAACUUCAACCAAAAGCUGAGAGUCAAGCUAUUAACCUCUGUACCCGACGCAACUUCUCAAAAAUUCCUCUUGUUGGGAACGAUACCUAAAAAAUCUUUACCUUCGUCGUCAAAGGCCGACAGACAAGUAGUGAUCCAACUAGACUUCAGUCAAAUGAAUCGAAAGAAGUGCAAAGAUUCGGAUUUUGAAAACUGGUAUGCCAGAAAGGUGGAUGGUCAUCCCGACUGUUUGAUGGGUCAUAAGCAAUUUUUCAAACGCAGAAAACCUGAUGCCGAUUGCUACGUCGGAGAGAAAUUCCAGGAACCAGAGAGUCAUGAAGAGAAUUGUCCAUGUACCGACGAAGAUUUUGAAUGUGAUUAUAACUAUGCACCCGACAAUGGCUUAUGUAUCCUGUCGGCACCUGAGACGAUUCCAGCCGGCCAAUGUGCCAACCCCAACGACAAGUUUCUUGGCUCAUCUGGAUAUCGACUGAUACCAGGAAAUACAUGUAACCGUGCGAUUGGAUUGAAGAAGGAUGAACCUAAGCUCAAGGAUUGUACCGAAGGAAACGCCGCGCCUGGUCAAGUAACCCAUCAACGAUUCCAAUUCCCCGGAUUAGUUUUGGAGCAGGUCUAUUUUGAAGACAGUCACACCGUGCUAGUCUUUACAUCCGAGAACCAGGUCUGGCAGUCUAAAAAUCAAGGGUUUAGCUGGGAUGAACCAGUGAAAGAUGUCAAGUUUAUCUCGCUGCAAAUUCAUCCUUAUUCUCGUGAUCGGGCCUAUCUUAUUGCACCGGAUCGAACGAUCUAUUAUACCACCGAUAAAGGCUCCAGUUGGAAUAAUCUCAGGACUCCCUUGGAAGCGAAUCUUCUGGGGAUACCUCUAUUGGAUUUCCAUCCCACCCGGCCAGAUUGGCUGAUCUGGACUGGUAGCGAGGGAUGCAUCGAAAGUCAGGGUGACAAUUGCAAGGCGGUGGCUUAUUAUUCGAAGGAUAACGGUCGCUAUUGGAAUAAAAUCGACGACUAUGUUCGAGUUUGUAGUUGGGGGCGCGACAAGAAAUUCAAGGCUGACGAGCGACUCAUAUUUUGCCAAGCAUAUCAACACAAACGGGGCUCGCAGAAAGCGAUGGACGAUAAUCCACUUCAAUUAAUCGAAGGUCGCAACUUCUAUGAUGAAAAGAAGAGGCUGUUCGAGUCGAUCGUUGGAUUUGCUACGUUCGAAGAAUUCAUGGUUGUCGCCCAAAUCGCUUCAAACGGAGAACACUUGAACCUGUUUGCAUCAAUGGACGGAUCUCAUUUUGCGUUGGCCCAAUUCCCCCCGAACCUCAAGAUUGAGAAUAAAGCAUACACGGUCUUGGAGUCGACAACGGAUGCCGUCUUUUUGCACGUGACUACGAAUGGACAAGCUGGAUCGGAAUUCGGAUCUCUGUUCAAGUCUAAUUCAAACGGUACCUAUUAUUCCUUAUCCCUCGAUCACGUCAAUCGCAAUAGUAAAGGAUAUGUCGACUUUGAGAAGAUGAUGGGUCUUGACGGAAUAGCCGUCAUGAAUAUUGUCAGUAAUCCAGAUGAAGCAAUCGUCACUCGACAAAAGAAACUAGUCACCCGAAUCACACAUAAUGAUGGUGGUCGGUGGAAGCCAAUCGCCCCACCGGCCAAGGACUCUCUUGGACAGCCAUACAGCUGUUCGUCGACGGCUUGCGCACUUCACAUCCAUGGCUACACCGAGCGAGUCGAUCCGCGAGCCACUUACAGCUCCCCCUCCGCCGUUGGUUUAAUGAUGGCUGUUGGGAAUGUCGGCCAUAGUCUUGCGCCUUACAAGGAGUCGGACACGUUCUUAACUCGGGAUGGCGGCUUCACAUGGGAAGAGGUUGCAAAAGAUGCCCACAUGUGGGAAUAUGGAGAUCAGGGCUCGAUCUUGGUCUUGGUAAACGAUGAAGGCCCAACUGAUCGAGUCAAAUAUACCCUUGAUGAAGGUCUUACAUGGAGUGAAUAUGUCUUCGGGGAUACGCCGAUCAGAGUGACGUCAAUCCUGACUGUCCCUGACGAUACGAGCCGGAAGUUCAUCUUAUUCGGUUUCACAAAGCAAUCUGGACAGAGUACCGUAGUCAUUCACUUGGACUUCUCGAAGAUCACAAAUGUGAAAUGUGUUUUGGAUACAACUGAUCCGAAUCAUGACGAUUUUGAAUUAUGGUCACCAUCAGAAACUCGAACCGAGCCGUGCCUGUUUGGGCGCCAGACUUUAUACUACCGCAGAGUCCGAUCACCCUCACGUCUUUGUUACGUCGGCGAGAAACUACCCCAGCCACACAAAAUCCAGCGGAAUUGUUUGUGUUCCGAGGAGGAUUUCGAGUGCGAAUUCAAUUAUAGACGGGACCCGAUCAGUCACAAAUGUGUUUUGGUACCCGGCGCUACGCCAUUAGCCUCCGAACCGAAUUGCGCCUGGAAUGAAUCGUUCUGGCAUGAAAGAACGGAGUUCAGGAAAAUACCUUAUUCAAGUUGUGAAGGAGGUAUUCAACUCGACAAGGGCCGUCAGCACAUUUGCCCCAAUGCAUCCGGACACGGGGUAUUCUGGUGGGGAACUGUGGUCGUGGCCCCGGCGAUCCUCUUUGGGCUGGGCGGCUUUUGGUGGAUGAGACGAAGAGCAGGCGGAGAUGUCUCGGGUUGGAGACGAGGAGUGAUUCAUUUGCCAGAUGGAGGUCGCAGACCAGGUGGUGAGACCGGAGUUAGUGAAAUGCUAGACACGAUAGCCAGCAUUCCUUGGUUCCUGCUCGGCGUCGGAAGCGCGUUGUGGGGCUAUUUAAUCACGAGUCCUUUGGUCACUAAGUGGGUUGGUGGAGGUCGACAAGGAUACCGACAAGUUAGCUUGGAUGAUGAUGCCGAACUGCUACAGGAUUAUGAAGAUUGA